GUAGCAGCUCGAAAAUUGCAGAAUUCAAAUCUGGUGGUCCUCGGGUAAGCAGUUCUAAAUUACAAUAAUUAUAUUUUCAAAAUCAUAAAACAUUAAACUUGUAUAUACCUUAAUUUUCCAGACAAUGUUUUUAAAAAUGAAUAUUUAUUCCAGUAUUACAUUUUACUUUAGCCAAUUUACAUUACAUCAACACCGAAAGCAUACAAAGCCAGUAGCAUUGCAUCACAACGUACCCUCAGAAAUAGGAAUAAAUAUGUUCAAAAUAACAUAAUGAAUAUGUCUGGCAGUGUUGAAGUAUCUGCUGUAAGCCAGACUGCUGUUCUGAUACAGUCAUUUGAACAAAAACAGAGAGUGGAAAUUAUAAAAAAGUCACAGAUCUCACCAGUGGAAAUAUCUGAAGAAACCAUGGUUGCUUUGAAAGCAGAUAUUGGAAUACCAUGGGAAAAACUGAAAACAAAUUCAUAUGGAAGCCAUUGAAGUGUGCCAAUCAUUUAAACUCUUAUUCCACAAAUAUUCAAAGUGCCACAAUUUGAUUAACGAUUCACAAGUAUUUGACAAAGAACGACUCAGUGAAUUAGACCGGAGUAUCAUUGACUUAAUGGCAUACCUUAGAAAUACGUGGCCAAAAGAAAGCAUCACCCUAAAACUUCAUUUACUGGAGGAUCAUGUUCUUCCAUUCCUUAAAAGAUGGAAAACAGGUCUUGGGGUGUAUGGAGAGCAAGGAGGUGAAGGUAUUCAUGCAGAAUUUAAUUCAAUAAAAGCGAUUUACUGCAGAAUGCCAUCUUCGGUUGCCCGAGUUCACAGCAUUCUCAAGGAACACUACAUUCGCGUGCAUCCAAGGUGUAUAGAGAUGAAGCCAGAGGCAAAAAAACGAAAGAAAAUAGAAUAACAAUAUAUAUAAUAUAUAUAUACACAAGUUAUAUGGUUAUUUAUUGGUAUCAUUUGCAUAAAAGUUUCUAAUUUUACAUACCUUUGACUUCCACCAUGUUCUUUUCCGAUUUUUUCAGAAAAAAAAUAGCCACAGCUACCAUACAUCUGCCUGUUGUCAUAACUCUUUUAAAAAAAACUGUUAGGACUUUGAGCUUGAUGUUAUCGCAAAGGUACAUGUUUAAAGAUGAUAAUAAAACUUAAGAUAGCA